UAACACGAAUUUUCGUGCGAAACACCCCAUGAAAUUCCUUACCCAUACAUUUGAAAGGUAUUUACGAAGGUUACCCUUUGCUCUUCCAUUUGCGAAUUGAGACAAUUCACGAGCAGCUCUCCCUCCUUACACCUCUGCCAUUAACGUCGGAGAUCUGAGCGAAUCCAAAUCCCGAGCGAGUCACGCCACAGCCGAGUCGUCUCAGUCGGAGCUGGUCACUCCGGCCAUCGAAUCCGAGCGAAGGAGCGGGUUUUGCCGCCAAUUGAGGUGAUCGGAGCGGCGAAAAAUGGCGGAUCCGGCGAAAACGCCACUCGGCAAAAUGCUAUUGGACGAAAUCAAUCCGGUCGUCAUGGUCCUCGAUACGCCUCUCGUCGAAGAAACUUGCCGUAAGAAUGGCCUCAGCUUCGUCGAGAUGCUCAGUCCCUUCUGCGUCUUCAACAACAUCGACGUACCUGUACGAACAGCUAGUGAUCAACCUUAUAGGCUUCAGAAGUUCAGAUUACGAUUGUUCUACGCGUCGGAUAUUCGGCAACCGAAUUUGGAGGUAGCAAGAGAGCGGUUGAAACAGGUUAUUACCCAAGCUGGGGAGAACGGUGAUUCUGAACUGUGUUCAGAUCCUCCUCCAAUAGAGAAUUUAGAUGCUAGGUUUGAAUCUGAAAAUCUACCAUCAUGGUUUGCUUUUUUUAAUAAAGAGCUUGUACGCAGUGCCUCCUUUUCAGACCAUGAAGCUUUUGACCAUCCUGUGGCAUGUCUUUUGGUUGUUUCUUCGAAGGAUGAACAACCUAUCAACCAGUUUGUUGAUCUCUUCAACACCAACAAAUUGCCCUCUCUUCUAAAUGAUGGUGCAAUGGACCCAAAGAUUUUAAACUAUUAUUUAUUGGUGCACGACAAUCAAGAUGGCACUACUGACAAGGCAACAAAGAUUUUAACAGAAAUGAGGAGCACCUUUGGCUCUGACUGUCAAUUACUUUGCAUUAAUUCUUCUGAAGAUGGUCCGGUUGAACAUCAAGAUAAUCCUUGGGUGCGUUAUAAAUCUGAGACUUCUUCUGGUCAGAAUCUUGGUUCCUUCCUCAAUGUUAAUGAUAUUAAUGAGAUGAGAGAUAUCAUGCAAGAGUUAUCAACCAAACAGAUCAUCCCUUGCAUGGAGCAAAAGAUACGCGUGCUCAAUCAACAGGUUUCUGCAACAAGGAAGGGUUUUAAAAACCAAAUUAAAAGCUUGUGGUGGAGAAAAGGGAAAGACGAAAUAGCAGAUUCUUCCAAUGGUUCUAUGUACACAUUUAGCUCCGUUGAAUCUCAGAUUAGAGUGUUGGGUGAUUAUGCCUUCAUGCUACGGGAUUAUGAACUUGCAUUGUCGAACUAUCGCUUAAUUUCCACAGAUUACAAGCUUGAUAAAGCAUGGAAGCGCUAUGCUGGUGUACAGGAAAUGAUGGGCCUUUCAUAUUUCUUGCUAGAUCAAUCGAGAAAGGAAGCAGAGUAUUGUUUGGAAAAUGCAUUUACUACUUAUUUGAAAAUUGGGCCAUCUGGUCAGCAGAAUGCAACACGUUGUGGUCUUUGGUGGGUAGAAAUGUUGAAGACAAGAUAUCAAUUUAGAGAGGCUGCUUCUGUAUACUUUCGUAUUUGUGGCGAGGAACCUUUACAUUCUGCUGUAAUGCUUGAGCAAGCGUCUUAUUGCUACUUGUUGUCCACGCCACCUAUGCUACACAAAUAUGGAUUUCAUCUUGUUCUUUCUGGCGAGCGUUACAAAAAAAGUGAUCAGAUUAAACAUGCAAUUCGUACAUACAAAAAUGCCAUCUCUGUUUACAAAGAAGCUACAUGGAGUCAUAUCAAGGACCAUAUCUAUUUUAACAUUGGACAAUGGUAUGCUUAUCUUGGAAGAUAUGACUUGGCCGUCUCACAUGUGUUGGAGGUCCUGGCCUGUAGUCAUCAGUCCAAGACAUCGCAGGACAUAUUCCUGAGGCAAUUUCUUCAAAUUGUUCAGAAAACGGGAAGGAUAUUUGAAGUUCCAAAACUUCAAUUGCCUGAGAUUAAAAUCUCUUCCCUUAGGGUCAUUUUUGAAGAUCACCGAACAUAUGCAACGCCUGCCGUGGCCAGUGUUAAAGAAAGCAUAUGGCGUUCUCUAGAAGAGGAUUUGAUUCCAUCAUUGUCUACUGGCAGGACUAAUUGGUUGGAGUUGCACUCAAAGCUUGUCGCCAAAACGUAUAAAGAAUCAAAUGUUUGUGUUGCAGGGGAAGCGGUAAGAGUUGAUUUUGAAAUUAAGAACCCUUUACAAAUUCCCAUAUCCGUGUCUAGUGUCUCCUUGAUAUGUGAGCUUGCUGCAAGUUCCGAUGAAACACAAACUGAUGCAAAUAGCCAAGCUGGGAAGCUUCAAAAUGAUAAUGAAUUAACUAUGACAACCAGUAGGGAAAGUGAUAAUAACUCUUUCUUAACUUUGUCGAAGGUUGACUUUUCAUUAGGAGGAGGUGAAGUAGUCAUGGUGCAACUUACUGUUACUCCUAGAAUAGAAGGCAUUUUACAGAUUGUUGGUGUAAGGUGGAACUUGUCAAGUGCUGUUGUUGGUUUCCAUAAUUUUGAGUCUAAUCCUAGGAGGAAGAAAAGUGCAAAGGGAAGACAGAGAGGCAACCGCUCUCUUAGUGACAAUCUGAAGUUUGUGGUGAUCAAGAGUCUACCCAAACUCGAGGGCUUUAUUCAGCCUUUACCUACAAGUACGUAUGCUGGGGAUGUACGCCAUCUUGUUCUGGAGUUGAGGAACCAAUCAGAAUGCACCGUUAAGAACUUGAAAUUAAAGGUCAGUCAUCCGAGAUUUUUGAAUGUGGGCAGUCAGGAAAGUUUGGAUGCAGACUUUCCUGCUUGCUUGGAAAAGAGGACUGAACACCACUACGUACAACCUGAUCAUAAUAACAUAUCUCAACCUGUUUUUAUAUUUCCAGAGGACACAAUUAUCACAGCGGAAACACCAUUGUUGUGGCCUCUUUGGUUUCGGGCUGCUGUUCCCGGAAACAUUUCCCUGUAUUUAACCAUAUAUUAUGAGAUAGAAGAUUCAUCAAGCAGUAUGAGAUACCGCACUCUCCGCAUGCAUCAUAACGUGCAGGUGCUACCAUCAUUAGGCAUCUCGUUCCAAGUCAGUCCUUGCCCAUCAAAAUUGGAAGAGUUCCUUGUGCAAAUGGAUGUCGUUAACAGGACAAGUACAAAGAGCUUCCAGGUACAUCAGUUAGCUUCUGUGGGAGAACAAUGGGAAAUCUCAUUGCUUGAGCCUGUUGAUACUAUCUUACCUUCUCAGUGUCUAGUUGCGGGUCAAUCCUUGUCAUGCUUUUUCAUGCUUAAGAAUCAGAGGAAAUCGGGAAUUUCGGAGAACAAGACGUCUUCUACUUCAGUACCCCUUGGAAGUGUUGUAAGAUUGGGACCUGAGGGCAGUACUGAACCGCUUUUUGAUACAUCUAGCUCUCCGCUAGUUGAUUUCCACCGUAAUGAAAGACUGCACCAGGAAAUUUCACAUCAGGGAGACUCAACAGUUGACUUCAUAUUGAUCUCUCGGUCGCUAAAGAGUGAUCUUGAUUCAGGGACAUCUGAUCCACCGCAGCUUUUUUCUCAUCAUUCAUGUCAUUGCAGUAUUGAGAGCAGAAGCCCUAUCUCGUGGCUCGUGGAUGGGCCUCGAACAAUGUAUCACAACUUCUCUGAGUCCUUUUGUGAAAUUAAAUUAAGUAUGACGAUAUACAACUCGUCGAACGCUAUUGCAUCUGUCCACAUAAACACUCUUGACUCGAGUGGCAAUUCGAGUGACGCUACUUCUGAUCAAUCUGCAACAUCUUCUAGCAACCAAGUAGGUUGGCACGAUGUCUCACUAGUUACUGACAUUAAAGUCACAUCUGAUGUCCUUGGAGCUCGAUUUGGAAAGCCCCCAACUCUCGAUUCUGUUUCUCCAUUCAUUUGGUCUGCGUCAAGUUCUACAAGAGUCCUAAUCGAGCCUAUGACCGCAGUUGAAAUUCCUCUUAAGAUUUGUGUGUUCUCUCCCGGGACAUAUGAUCUCUCAAACUAUUUGUUGCAUUGGAAUCUUGUACCUCCCAACGGCAAACAGAAUCUUGAUGAGGGAAUAAGGCAGUCUUCGGGUACAUGCCAGGGGUACCUCUAUUAUCUUACUGUGCUUCAAUCAGCUUGAAGUUUUACUCAUACACGUUGGUUUGCUUCUCCAUUUUUAGAAUACAAAUGUUAAGAGUAAUGUAUCUUUUUUGUUACUGUGGCCUGUAAAUUAUUAUGUGCAAGAAUUAUGAAAAGGCUUAGCGAAAGUAGGUGAUUUUUUUUUCCUCAAAGGAAAAAUAAGAGCAGUGAAUAUGAAUUCAAGUCGUUUCCGAACCUUUGUACACCGAUUUUUGAUAGAUUUGAUUUUUCCGU